AUGGUCGUCCAGUUCAAAGUGUUCAAGAAGGCAGCUCCCAAUGGAAAGCUGACCAUCUACCUCGGACGUCGUGACUUCGUGGAUCAUGUAUCUGCCGUCGACCCUGUUGAUGGUGUGCUGGUGGUGGAUCCCUCGUACCUCCAGGGACGUAAGGUGUUCGGACAGCUGGUGUGCAGCUUCAGGUAUGGUCGCGAGGAGGACGAGGUCAUGGGACUGAACUUCCAGAAGGACCUGUUCCUUGCCUCUGAGCAGAUUUAUCCUCCCAAGGACGUCGAGCCGACCAAGCUGCAGGAGCGACUCAUAAAGAAGCUCGGAGGUAGCGCAUAUCCUUUCACCUUCAAGAUGCCCGAUCAGGCCCCGCCCUCCGUCACCAUCCAGCCCGGCCGCGAGGACGAGGGAAAGCCCUGUGGCGUCGAGUACUACAUCAAGGUGUACGUCGGAGAGAACGAAGAUGACCGAAGCCAUAAGAGGUCCACAAUUCAGCUGAAUAUCCGAAGGAUUCAGUUCGCCCCAAGCAAGACCGGCCGCCAGCCCUGCACCAUCGUCCGGAAGGACUUCAUGCUGAGUCCCGGGGAACUUGAACUGGAGGUGACGCUCGACAAGCAGCUCUAUUAUCAUGGAGAGAAACUCGCUAUCAACGUCACCAUUAAGAACAACAGUAAUAAAACUGUUAAGAAAAUCAAGGCCGCUGUCCAGCAGUCUGUUGAUAUCUGUCUGUUCUCGGGCGGCCAGUUCAAGAGCACCGUGGCCAGCGUAGAGACGCAGGAGGGCUGCCCUGUGUCUCCUGGCUCCGCCCUGCAGAAGUGCAUGUAUCUCACCCCGGUUCUUAGCAGCAACAUGGAUCGCCGAGGCGUCGCCCUGGACGGACACCUGAAGAACAUCCACACCAACCUGGCGUCCAGCACUCUGUUGGCAAACCCCGAGAACCGCGACAUGUUCGGAAUGGUAAUCUCCUACACCGUGAAGGUGAAGCUGUAUCUCGGUGCCAUGGGCGGAGAGGUCACCGCCGAGCUUCCCUUCGUCCUCAUGCACCCCAAGCCCGACCUGCGCCGCAUGAUGCGCGCCGACAGCCAGGCGCAGGUGGAGUCCUUCCGCUCCGAGAGCAUCGCCGCCUCCGUCGACAUGGACUAA